ACUCUAUUAUAUUCAUGCUUUCAUUCCUGACUUGAAGGUUUCCUUUAUCCUUAAAGGCUGCAUAUCAAGUUUAGUCCACACUGUAUCUGGGUGAAGUACACUAACUGGCACACAGCCGCACACUUCACAACACAUGGGCACAGGGUGAGAGAAAGACAGCCAUACAGACGCAGGUUUCUUCCUGCUCCAAACAGAGACAAGUCUAAACGCUACUCAGCCUUAAGGCUCAGACUCGCCUUUGGGAGAUUUAAGCACCAAUCCAAGGGGCAGUAUGCUAAGGAAGUGGAACACGAGCUCAGGAUUUUCCCUCUAACUAUUAGGAAAGGAAGGAACGAGAAGUGUCCUAACAACAGAUGGAGGGAGAGGGUGGCUGCAAAGGAAAUCCCAAUUGUGCUGACAUGUCUCAGCCACUUCCCCUUCUGACAGAGACACAUACCGAAGGAGCAGAAGGAGAGAGGGCCAGUGUAGUGGAGAUUCUGGAGGAAACACACACAGACACGAUGGGUCUGUCCACAAGGGAUGAGGGAAAGCCGGGAGCUCAGGUCGUCGUUCCAAAGUCUGAGAGCACAGCUGUCUGUCUAAGAGACUCCUCAGAAACUAAGCUUUGUGGAUACCUUCACAAGCAAGCUGGGCCACUGAAAGCCUGGAAAUAUCGCUGGUUCACCUACGAGGAGAAGAAGUGUCAGUUGUUUUAUUACCGCACUGCACAGGACAUUAACCCUCUUGGCAAAGUGGAGCUACGCAAUGCCACAUUCAGCUACCCACUGCAUGGAGAAGAGGGAACCUUCCACAUUCAGACACCUGAGCGCACUUUCAUACUUAAGGCAGCAAACAGAGAUGCUAAGAUGUACUGGCUCCAGCAGAUGCAGCUGAGACGUUGGCAGCACAGAGAACAGCUUUGUGCAGACUCCCCGCUGUCAAUACCAGAGAAUCCCAUACAGGAUGGCCAGCAGUAUUUAGACACCUGCCCUGCAAACUUCCUGCCCAUAGUGAAGAUCCCAUCGGGUCUGGUUGGAGUGGAAGCUGCCAACGUUCCUGUACAAACAAACCCACUCAACAUGUCAAUUAAACACCCGCUCAUUGAGAUACAAAACUCAGUACACAGCUUUCUAAUUCGGCGGCCAUGUAUGGAAGUGGGCCGUAGUGUAUUUUGGGCAGACUCACCAGCCAGCAAGUUUGAUACCCCUAACAAAUAUCCCUCCUCCUGUACAACAACCCAUGAAGCCUCUCCUGUCCAGACACCACCUUCAAGUUCAGAUCUGCCUCCUGAAGUGGAGUGUGAUAGUCCUUGUGAAAACCUCCCAUCCCGUGGUUCAUCUCUAACGCUACCCAAUGGGAAACAUAGGAAAGGAAACUCUGCCACCUUUCCAUUUGACCGCAAAGAGUCAAACACCAUUGACUGCCUGUCACGCCUUAAACAGGAGAAUCUCACCCUGGCCACGGAGGUCCAAGCCCAGAAGGAAUUGGUGUGGCUGCUGCACAAAGCUCUGGAGGCAGCUCAGUUGGAGAAGCGUGCAUGUGCUCAGUACCUGGCAGCUGAGAGCGAACAGGAGCGUCUGGAGCUGCUGCGUCAUGGCGAGCGCUGCACCGCGGACAUGCGCGAGCGACUGGAGCAGCUGCGACGUGAGAACGAGGCACUGACAAGAAGCCUGGAGGAGAGGGAUGCACAUGUGAAAGAGCUACAGGACAACGUGAAGCUGCUCAUGGAGAAGAACCAGGCUAAGCAAGAGGUCAUUGUCAAACUAUCCGAGCAAGUGUCAGAAUGCAUGGCUGACCCGAGACGCACCAUCUCUUCUGACCCCAUCAGCACAGAGAGCCUCAGGCAGCUUUUACAGGAGAUGGACAACCUUAAGGAUGACAUGGAAGCUUACAAAACCCAGAACAAGUUCCUAAACUCGGAGAUCUACCAGCUGACCAGACUGUGGCAGAACAGCUCAGAACAGGAGAAAUCUCUUAUGGUGAAGUGUGCCUAUCUGGAAGCCAGUAACUGUCAGAUGGAGAGCCGGUAUCUGGGGGUCCUGAGAAAACUCCAGGAGAAUAAGGAACUGAAUACAGAGCAAAUAUCAGCUAUCAAGAAGUUAAUAGAAGAGGCACUGCAGGCCGAUCAGAAAGAUAUCCUCAGAUUCAACACUGUCAGGGAGUAUGACGAGUACGGCUUUAAGAUCGUCCCUGACUAUGAAGUGGAGGACAUGAAGCUGCUGGCUAAAAUCCAAGCUCUGGAGAUCCGCUCUCACAACUUGCUCCAGCAGGAAACUGGUGAGCGUUCCCUUCUGGCCCGCUGGACUCAGUUCCUAGGAGGUCGUUCUCCUGAUGAUCUUUCCUCGAGUGAGGAGCUGAAGACUUUGGUGCGAGCAGGAGUCCCGCGUCAGUACAGGCCUUGUGUGUGGCGCUGGAUGGUACGGGUCAGGACCCAAGCGCUGCGCAAGAGCCACCCCGACCUUUUCCAGCAGCUGUGUGAGAAGAGCCGUUCCACACCACACCCGGCAGCCAGGCAGAUCCAGCUGGACCUGCACCGCACACUGACCACCAACCAGAGCUUCUCAUCACCCUCCAGUCCAAUGCUGCAGCAGCUCCAGAGAGUCCUGCUGGCGUUCUCCUGGCAAAACCCAGCUGUUGGCUACUGCCAGGGACUCAACAGACUUGCUGCUAUUGCCCUGUUGGUGUUGCAGAGUGAGGAGGAAGCUUUCUGGUGUCUAGUGGCCAUAGUGCAGUUCCUCAUGCCUCAGGACUACUACACCAAAACUCUUCUGGGUUCUCAGGCAGACCAGCGUGUGUUUAAGGACUUUAUGGCAGAGAAGUUGCCACGGUUGGUGGCACAUUUCGAGGAAUACAGUGUGGACGUGUCCCUCGUGACAUUUAACUGGUUUCUGGUGGUGUUUGUGGAGAGUUUGCCCAGUGACAUCCUGCUGAAGGUCUGGGAUGCCUUCCUCUACGAAGGCACUAAGGUGCUCUUUCGAUAUGCACUUGCUAUUUUCAAAUACAAAGAGGAGGACAUCUUAAAGAUCCAUGACAAUGUGGAAAUCUAUCAGUACCUCCGCUUUUUUACCAAAACAGUCACAGACGGCAGGAAGUUGACAAGCAUUGCCUUCUGGGAUUUGAACCCGUUCCGGAUGAAGCAUGUGAAGAACCGGCGUGCUAUGCACAUGCAGCGGCUGCAAGCUGAACUCCGAGAAUUGGAGAAACUGCAGAAAGAAUUCAGCUCGGAGAACGACGUCAUGGACCUCAUCCCCAGUGAGGAUGAAGAUGAUACAUAGACAUAUAGAUGUACAUACAUGUACAAAAAAUACACAAGAGUUGAACUUGAACAAAAGCCAAAAGAUCAGAUACUCUAUGUAUGAUGCACAUCUACUAUAAUGAGAACUGCUGAGAUUAUUUCUGAUGGACACUGGCAGAUUUCUCAUCAGUAUAUUCCAGACUGCUAGUUUUGAGGACAUGUAUGUUUGAGAAGAAAACAGACUCUGUUGGAUGAGUCAGUCAGUGAAAAUUCAUUAUGGCUUUAAGGGACUGAUCUGACUCAUGUAAAAUCUAAAGUGUUCUCUCAUUAAAAUAUGAGAAACACCAAAGAUGCCUGCACUGAAAACAAUAUAUCAGGUUAUAGCACUUUAUUUACACUACCAUUGGUAAAGCUAGCUCAUAAAAAAAGCAAAGAAAAGAUUUUUUGUAUUUCAGGUAAUAAUAAUUUUAUACAGAUGCACUUAUUUGUAAGACACUGUGGAUUUUAUAAUAAAACAAUGUUCAUAUUUUCA